GUGCCACGGGCUCCUGGCGCAAGAAAACCCAAAUUGCGUGCCCUGGGUACUUCGCGUGCGGCAAGAGCAGGUGUACCAGUCGACGAUAUCAUGGCGCAUGGUUCCUGGGCUUCCUGUGAGGUUCUUAGCUUGUUCUAUCGCAUGUCAUCGGAAACUAACUCUGACUUUACAUCGGUUGCUCUGAAUACACAGUCAGACUGUCCUCGUUCUGACGGAUAA